CGGAGCGCACCAUGGGGCCGUUGUGGUUCUGCUGUUUGCCCCUCGCCCUCUUGCCUCUUCUCGCCGCCGUGGAAGAGACACUGAUGGACUCCACAACAGCCACGGCAGAGCUGGGCUGGAUGGUGCAUCCUCCCUCAGGGUGGGAAGAGGUGAGUGGAUACGAUGAGAACAUGAACACCAUCCGCACCUACCAGGUGUGCAACGUCUUUGAAUCCAGCCAAAACAACUGGCUGCGGACCAAGUACAUCCGGAGGCGAGGAGCGCACCGCAUCCACGUGGAGAUGAAAUUCUCCGUUCGGGACUGCAGCAGCAUCCCCAACGUCCCGGGUUCCUGUAAGGAGACUUUUAAUCUCUAUUACUACGAAUCAGACUUUGACUCUGCCACCAAGACUUUUCCUAACUGGAUGGAAAACCCUUGGAUGAAGGUAGAUACAAUUGCUGCUGAUGAGAGCUUCUCGCAGGUGGACCUUGGUGGGCGGGUGAUGAAGAUUAACACCGAGGUGCGCAGUUUUGGGCCUGUCUCCAAAAAUGGUUUCUACCUGGCCUUCCAGGACUAUGGGGGCUGCAUGUCCUUGAUUGCAGUCCGUGUCUUUUACCGCAAGUGUCCCCGUGUGAUCCAGAACGGGGCGGUCUUCCAGGAAACCCUUUCGGGAGCGGAGAGCACAUCUCUGGUGGCAGCUCGGGGGACGUGCAUCAGCAAUGCAGAGGAGGUGGAUGUGCCAAUCAAGCUGUACUGCAAUGGGGAUGGAGAGUGGCUGGUGCCCAUCGGCCGCUGCAUGUGCAGGCCAGGCUACGAGUCGGUGGAGAAUGGGACCGUCUGCAGAGGCUGCCCAUCAGGGACCUUCAAGGCCAGCCAAGGAGAUGAAGGAUGCGUCCAUUGUCCAAUUAACAGCCGGACGACUUCGGAAGGGGCCACGAACUGCGUGUGCCGGAACGGAUAUUAUCGGGCAGAUGCUGACCCUGUCGACAUGCCCUGCACCACCAUCCCAUCUGCCCCCCAGUCCGUGAUCUCCAGCGUGAACGAAACCUCCCUGAUGCUGGAGUGGACCCCACCACGAGACUCAGGGGGCCGGGAGGAUCUGGUGUACAACAUCAUCUGCAAGAGCUGCGGGUCGGGCCGGGGGGCGUGCACACGCUGUGGGGACAACGUGCAGUUUGCCCCACGCCAGCUGGGUCUGACAGAGCCUCGCAUCUACAUCAGCGACCUGCUGGCCCACACGCAGUACACCUUCGAAAUCCAGGCUGUGAAUGGCGUCACCGACCAAAGCCCCUUCUCCCCGCAGUUUGCAUCAGUGAAUAUCACCACCAACCAGGCUGCUCCUUCAGCUGUGUCCAUCAUGCACCAGGUCAGCCGCACUGUGGACAGCAUUACCCUCUCGUGGUCUCAACCUGACCAGCCCAACGGAGUCAUCCUGGAUUAUGAGCUACAAUAUUAUGAGAAGAACCUGAGUGAGUUAAAUUCAACAGCAGUGAAGAGCCCCACCAACACUGUGACAGUGCAAAACCUCAAGGCUGGCACAAUCUACGUCUUCCAAGUGCGAGCACGCACCGUGGCUGGGUACGGCCGGUAUAGUGGCAAGAUGUACUUCCAGACCAUGACUGAAGCCGAGUACCAGACCAGUGUCCAGGAGAAGCUGCCACUCAUCAUUGGCUCCUCUGCAGCAGGACUGGUGUUUCUCAUUGCUGUUGUUGUCAUCAUUAUUGUGUGCAACAGAAGACGGGGCUUUGAACGUGCCGACUCUGAGUACACCGACAAGCUGCAGCACUAUACCAGUGGCCACAGUACGUACCGUGGUCCCCCGCCAGCCCUGGGGGUCCGCUCUCUCUUCGUGACUCCAGGGAUGAAGAUUUAUAUUGAUCCAUUUACCUAUGAGGAUCCCAAUGAGGCUGUCAGGGAAUUUGCAAAAGAAAUUGAUAUCUCCUGUGUGAAAAUCGAGCAGGUGAUUGGGGCAGGGGAAUUUGGUGAGGUGUGCAGUGGGCAUCUCAAGCUGCCUGGCAAAAGAGAGAUCUUCGUGGCCAUCAAGACCCUGAAGUCUGGUUACACAGAGAAGCAGAGACGGGACUUCCUGAGUGAAGCCAGCAUCAUGGGGCAGUUUGACCACCCCAAUGUCAUCCACCUGGAGGGAGUAGUGACCAAGAGUUCCCCAGUCAUGAUCAUUACAGAGUUCAUGGAGAAUGGCUCUUUGGACUCCUUCUUGAGGCAAAAUGAUGGGCAGUUCACGGUGAUCCAGCUGGUGGGCAUGUUGCGUGGCAUUGCAGCAGGCAUGAAGUACCUGGCUGAUAUGAACUACGUGCACCGGGACCUGGCUGCCCGUAACAUCCUGGUCAACAGCAACCUGGUCUGCAAAGUGUCCGACUUCGGCCUCUCCCGUUUCCUGGAGGAUGACACCUCUGAUCCCACUUACACCAGUGCACUGGGUGGGAAGAUCCCAAUACGGUGGACAGCCCCUGAGGCAAUUCAAUACCGAAAAUUCACAUCAGCCAGUGAUGUGUGGAGCUAUGGAAUAGUCAUGUGGGAGGUGAUGUCCUACGGCGAGCGGCCUUACUGGGAUAUGACCAAUCAAGAUGUGAUAAAUGCUAUUGAGCAGGACUAUCGGCUGCCACCCCCUAUGGAUUGUCCAAAUGCCCUGCACCAGCUAAUGCUUGACUGUUGGCAGAAGGAUCGAAACCACAGACCCAAAUUUGGACAGAUUGUCAACACGUUAGACAAAAUGAUCCGAAAUCCUAAUAGUCUGAAAGCCAUGGCACCUCUCUCCUCUGGGGUUAACCUCCCUCUACUUGACCGCACAAUCCCAGAUUAUACCAGCUUCAACACUGUGGAUGAAUGGCUGGAUGCCAUCAAGAUGAGCCAGUACAAGGAGAGCUUUGCCAGUGCUGGCUUCACCACCUUUGAUAUAGUAUCUCAGAUGACUGUAGAGGACAUUCUACGAGUUGGGGUCACUUUAGCAGGACACCAGAAGAAAAUUCUGAACAGUAUCCAGGUGAUGAGAGCACAGAUGAACCAAAUUCAGUCUGUGGAGGUUUGAUAGCGACGUGCCCUCGUGCUCCACUUCCUUGAGGCCCUGCUCCCCUCUGCCCCUGUGUGUCUGAGCUCCAGUUCUUGAGUGUUCUGCGUGGAUCAGAGACAGGCAGCUGCUCUGAGGAUCAUGGCAACAGGAAGAAAUGCCCUAUCGUCGACAACGAGAAGUCACCAAGAGGUGAAACAAUAGAAAACAAUGGAAAAAGGGAACAAGAAAAGACAGCUAUUUUGAAAACAAACAAACAGUGAAUUAUUUUUAAAUAAUAAUAAAGCAAUUGCAGUCUUGAAAAGGGCUCCAAGACCAAUGGGAGUCUUCAAAGGAAGAGAAUAGAGCAGCUUCAUCUAUUUCCUCUUGCACAAGGGUUGCUGCAGCUGGGCCCAGACACCUCUGGAGUUAUGAGACUUUUCAAGAAGACGAAUGCAAAGAAUGGUCACAAGAAGCACUUCUCUUUCUCACCUGGGAUGGCAGCUCUGGGAAUGCCCAGCAGUCCUUCCUGAAAGCCCUGUUGGCAAAUCAAAGAGGAGAGCUGAAGCUCUUUGGUGCUGUGGAACCAAGUGCAUCUCAGAAAUUGUUGGACUUCUACAAAAGCUGAAGACAUUUUCUUUUUUUUAAACAAGUAAACUGAUACUAGAAGAGGCUGUUUCCGUCAAAUGAGAAGGAAUCUGUAACACUGGGGCGGGGGGUUGGGGAACGGGGGAAAUCAGUCCUUUUUACAUCUCUUUAUUUUCUCUUGUCAUGGAACAGUUUUGUGAGUGACAGUUUCCUAAGGGUCCGUCCAUCCACCCUCCAAUGGCAUCAUUGUUUCAUACAUAUCAUAUGCACAAGACUUAUAGUGAUGUCCUCACUCGAUGCCAAUGAUCUUUCCCCAGAAGACUUCCCAAGUACAGUAUGUAGUAGAUUUUGAUUACAGAUGCUGAUGUGUACCUUUAUUUUUCGGUUGUCAUUGUUGGGAGAUUCGUCCUUUUACCUUGCUUUGUUAACACCAAUAUGUGAGUUUGGGGUUGGAAUUUUUUUGGUCGAUUGGGGUGGUGUUUUUUUUUUUAACGAAAAGGAAACGACAUUUCCAAGCAUCAUAUCAUUCAAGAACUUAAAUCCUUUCCUUGCGGAAGGAAAAAUUGCUUAUUGACAAUAUGCCAGGAGAAAAAGUUUUUUAUAUGCACAUUUCCUCAUGUUUGCUUGUUUGUUAUUUUGCAAUUCGUUCCGACCUGACAGGUGUUCCCAACUGUUGGGUUUCCUGUUGUCUGAUGAGACGAAAUGAUCACCUGCUCAAUUCAGGGUUGUUGGUGCAGUGAUGAGCAGUAUUAUGGAAGGGUUAUUGCUUUUGUUUUAUGGAGGGGAGGGAAAGAUGGGAGGGUGGUUGUGUUCUGAGUGGGAAUGAUGGCUGUUAGAGCCCCUUGAGAUGUCUGCUUAGAAAGAUGUCAAGGUUGAUUGGUGCACAUGGUUUCUAGCUGCAAGGUUCUGGGUGCUUUGUACCAUAACCAAGCUCUGUGGCAGUGCUUUGUGCCCUUUGGACACACAGUCCCUUCGUUAGGCAAUGCCCAGUUGGCUCAGAGCAUCAUCUCAGCCCGUUGCCUCUAGGAUAACACAGGGGAGCAAACGCUGAGUCCAGGUCUCUGUAGGAAAAUGCCAUGGUUGAAGCUCAAUGACCAGAUGGUGGGUUUAUAAAUAACAGAAAUAAAUACUUUAGUUACUGAACAGCUCCUUGAUAUGUAUAAAUACCACCAAACAAGUGCAGGGCGAAUAGAAAUUAUAGCAGUGGGAUUGUUGUCCCUGUUCAGCAGCACCUCAUGUCUCCUGGAAUGUGCCUACCAGCCUCCAUGGUAGGGUUCAGCUGCCCACACGUGGCAAAUUUGCUCACAUAUGAACCUGUGUUGAUAAACCCUCCUCUGCCAUUGCCAUGUCAUUCGUAGAGCCCUGCACUCAUGUUCAGCAGCGUGGGCUGCAGGAAGGCAGGCACUGGGAGCUGGUUUGCUGUGUUGUCCAGGAGCUGAGUCCAAGAGGAAAGCUGUAGAUGGAACUCCCUGUUCAGACCUCAGUGCCCAGACAUCACUUUUCUAGAUAAGGGGCCAUUUAUAAAGUACUCAGCAUUUUCUGCUUUCAGAUCAGAUGGGAAAGCACAUAUAAGUGGCAGCAGAGCAUUUCCUGCAACUGAGUUACUUCUCUGCCCUACUGCCUCCUUCAGGGCACAAUCUGAUGUAGAGAGAGUUUGGAGUGAGCAGACAACAGGCAUUUCAGCUGGACAUUUCAGCUGCCCUGUAUGCAGUGUGUGUAGUGUGUCUGUCUAGCUGAAAGGAUGUUUUGAAUGCCCUUGAGGUCAGAAAGCACUGCUCCAGAUCACGAAAUGAACUCAGUUUAAAGAGGAGGAUGCAAAAACUGAUGGUGUCAACUAAACAGAGUGCUUUCAGAGGGCACACGAGGAAAGAAGAGUCUUCUCCAAGGCACCUGUCCCAUAGGACUGCUCACGUGGGUGUCUGUCUCGCAGUGUAGUGGCUGUGCUUUAACAAGGGGCUGUUGUCAGCUCCCAGAGGCAUGGCUUUCCCAAAGGUCUCAGAAUCUUUUUGGUGACAGUUGGGGCUGAGGGAAGCAGGGUGCCAUGCCAACCCUUCUAGCCACAGCCAACCACCUACUUUAUGUGCAAGGGAGCUUUGCAGCACAAGGAGAGCUGUCUGACUAGAAAACUCACCAGCAAAUUCCUAUGGGGCAACCAUGUGGAAGGAGCACGUGAUGCCCUUCAGUUGUCUUUUCUCAGACAGCUCUUGGCUGUUCUGUGCCAUCAGUGCAUGCGUGCUCAUGCCACGGAGGAGCAGUGGCCAAGCAGUGUCCUUUCAGCCAGUAGGGCUCGGAAGGACACUUCAGGUUAUUUGUCUCAGUGCACUGAAUCUCCUCACUGCAUUAAACACAUCUACCUACCAGACCCAACCCACUGUGAAAGAAGGGACCACGCGGAGCUCAGAGCCACGGCAGCUGCCUGCAGGGUAGAGAAAGCACAUCCUUCUCUCUUCCUCUGACCAAAAAAAUCACGUGAUGGCAGUCAGUCCUACAAUAAUACACUCCCAUCUAUUUAUAUCAGGCAUUGCUGCGACAUCUGUCUGUGUUUGUACAGGACUAAUGGAGAAUGAGACCUAAAAUGGAAAUGAUCCAUAAAACACUGCAAUUUUCUGCAUCCCUACAGCUUUCCAGGGAGGAUGAGGAACCGAGUUCCUGUUAAGUACUUUGGUUGUAAAUUAUUCUGGUGCAUGCUCCAGUGGACAGCAUAGUCACUGCAGUGACUUUAAUGUUUAUACUUCAUGGGUAUCAAAUGUACUGCUAUGAAAUAUGAGUGUAAUGGCAAAAUUCAACAAAUAACAAGGGGAAAAUGGGGAAAAGUCACGUGCAAACAUUUACACUGUGAAAUAGUUGUGCAUAUGCAUGUGUGCAUGUGUGAAUACUUAACGAAACUCAUCACCAUGUUAUUUUUCAGGCAGCUUGUUGCAAUUUUCACAUUUUCCCUCCAUCUUUCAAGCUACCUCCAGGACCUCUUCUCCUCCACUGUUGCCCACUGCCAUCUGCUGCCGAGGCCACGUUUGUCUUGUGAUGGCAUCCAGUAGAAGAGCUGAGCAGGACGCUAAGUUGCAAAUAUGUUAGUUGGCCAAGUUCAAAUCACACAGAGUAUCAUGAAUAUGUGGGUAGUAGGAAGGUAAAGGAUUCACCCACAAUACUGCAUUUUAUGGAUCUCUUUCAGCCCUCUAAUUAACAGCAAAGGAGAAAAAAAAUGAAAAAUGAACUUAAAAGGCACAGCACUGCCAUGAACUACUCACCAGCUGUGACACAGGGCACUACGGACUGCACUCCCCCUCCACAAAUGAUCUCCCUUUCUCCCCUAAGACCCCAGAAUUUCAUGAACUUGUAGACUUGCAGCUUGCAGCAGAUGAGGAUCUGUUUGUUAUCAUCUGGCUUCUUCUCUCCAUUGCUUAUUCUCUCCAUCCUCACUACCACACAGUAGAUUUCAACCUCUCCAUGGGGUCCGAGUCAAUUUUGCUGUCCCAGGGUCUGGCAGUUUUGCAGCAUUACUUUAAUAUUAUAUUCAGAGGCAGAACAUUUUAUCCCCCGGCUCCAUGGCAGCCAUGGUACAGCAGAGCCAUCAAGUUGGUGUUGGUGGACUGGUUGGCAUCAGAACUUGCACUCUGCUGCAUCAUUAACAGUUACGUCCUCUAAUAAUGCAAUAAAUCUGUGUCUGUCUUGGAUUCAUGAAUCCAAAAUGUGUGAAGUAAGACAAAACAUGUUUUAGUCUGUUUUUUUUCUUUCAUCUCCCUUUCUGUGUGUCUGACUUGAGGCUGAUUUACUGGAGGUCUUUUCCAUCUUAACUUUUAACAAGUUCUUCACAUGCAGGUUCAGCAUUUUGCCCUUUUAGAGUUGUAAGAACAACUGAUGUAGCAUCAGCAUGUUGUUGCACUCUGUGGCAGUUAUCCAGUGCAGUUCAAAGCACCCUAAAGUUUACCUUCUUUGCUGUGUUCCACUCCGAUCUCUUAGUGAAACUGGUGUUAGGAGUGCUUUCAGCUCGAGGAUCAACAGUCCUUUACUCCCAACAGUUAAACUUUAUUUUGGGUGGUCCUCGGUGUCCGAAGAGUUGGACUCGAUGAUCCUUAUGGCUCCCUUCCCACCUGGGAUAUUCUGUGAUUCUGAUCUGUCCUCAGAAUGGCAGCCCUCUUCCCUGGCGUUGUCUGCUUACAGCCACGUUGUGUCUCCAGUCCAGGAGUUGAGCAGCAGUGCCAUCUGCUUACAGUGAUGGUUCCACCAUGUUCACAAUUCAGUGCACUUCUGCCACUGGCUUUUCAUGAGCACUGACCACAAAAAUUAUCUUCUGUGCUGCUGAUUUCAUUUUGUUAUUGCUGAGAGCUACUGGAGUUCUCCCACUAUGCAAAAAACUAAACCUCUAUAUUUCUUUUUUGCUUCAGACACAUUUUGGCCUCAUCUUUAGAAUUCUUCAGGAUGAGUCGUCCAUCUCUGGGAUGAUUUUGCUUCCUGUAACCAUUGAACCCUUCUCAGAAAGAGGACAUCACUUCUGUCCACGUUUACUUCUGUGUGUGAGGCAUUCCACAGUCCUCCAUGAAAACUCCCUGCAUCAUGCAGAUAUGUCCUGGAAUCUGAGUUAUUGUUGUUCCUCUGUGUUAUUUCUAUGCUGUCAAAUGUGAGCUGCAGAGAUUUGGGACUAAAAGUGAGACAUCAUCUCUGCCCUCAAAUCUGUGCUUGUCUUAAUUUGUAUUCUCCACUGCCCUACAAAAGACUCAGCAGCUUCUCAUCCUUUCUCUCAGUUCUGUAGGAGAUUUGCACUCCUCUGCAGCCCUGUGCUUUGUGGGAUAGCAGCCACACACACGCAGUGUGGUCUGAUCCCUGACUCAUUUCUCCUCUGGCAGUUGGAUGUUCGUAGUUCCCUGAUUGCCAUGCAGAGCACCACAGGAUUUAACUGUGUGCCUCAUCUUUUCCAGGAAAUCCAUUCUACCUUUGU